GUAACCAGGAGACUUACAGGCUGCUGUCAGGACUGUCCAUAUGCUUGCUGGAAGGAACGCUGGACAAUAAACAGAAGCUAUGUAAAUUCUGAAUGAUGGAGUGUUCAUGGAAAGUCCUUGUGCUACUAGUUUUUGCAUCGCUGGGCAUUCAAUACACAGCCAUCAAGUCUCUCAGAACAACCAUGAUGUCAUCGUGUACCAAUGUGAUGGCAGAGAACCGAUGUGGACACUUGAAAGAUAACAUUACAAGAGCAUUGUGUGAAGGUGUCAACACCCAACAAAGCAGAAACCAUAUACUGAUAUUUGCCACCGCCAGAAGUGGGUCGUCUUUUCUCGGCCAGCUGUUCAACCAAAACCCUGAAGUCUUUUACUUGUUUGAACCCCUUUACCUUGUUCAAUACACACUUGCAAACAAGCAUCCUGCCAUAGACAGGCUCUCCCUUCUUGGGGCCUAUAGGGACUUGCUUCAGAAUCUGUACGACUGUGACUUUUACCUCCUGGAGAACUAUAUCACGCCAACGCCUAAAGAUCAUGUGGCAUUGUCAUUUUUCAGACAUGGAGCCAGUAAGGCUUUGUGUUCACCGCCUGUGUGUGAACAGUUAGAGAGACUCGAGGAAAAUAUAUGUGUGAAGAAGUGCCGUAGGAUAAACUUGACUUUGGCUUCUACCGCUUGCCGGUCGUAUAAACAUAUGGCCAUAAAGACAAUAAGGAUUCCAGAAAUCAACCAUGUGAGGACGCUUGUAGAGGACCCGCGACUAAAUCUAAAAAUUAUUCAGCUAAUCAGAGACCCCAGAGCUGUCCUAGCGUCAAGGAUUAGUACUUUUGUAGACCAAUAUAGGCUAUACCAAAUUUGGAACUCCUCCGGGAAAAUGCCAUAUAACUUAGACCUAAGCCUCAUCAAGAAUUUGUGUGUUGAUUACAGUAGGUCGGUAGAGACGGCCUUCAGUAGACCGUCAUGGCUAAAAGGGAGAUACAUGCUUAUCCGAUAUGAAGACCUUGCCAGAGAUCCCCUCAAGAAAGCAAAUGAGAUCUACAACUUUGUAGGCUUAGAAUGGAAAGACAACCUCACCGCAUGGAUUGAGGAGAACACCAAUGCUUCUGUCCCUUCUAAUGUGAGCAAAUAUGGCACAAACAGGAAUUCAUCAGAGACUCCUGAAUAUUGGAGACUCCAUCUGCAUUUCAACAUUGUCCAAGCCGUGCAGGAGAUAUGCAAUAAAACCUUAGCCCAGUUUGGAUAUCAAUCAGUAGACUCCAUACAGCAACUCAAAAACCUCUCUCAGACCCUCAUCGAACCAAGGGAAUAUCUACCAUUUAUUUAAAUCUGAACUCCAG